AUGGUUAUUGAAACGUGGAAGAAAUCUGGAAUAGCAACCAAAUUUCCCACCUAUCGCAACUCCUCGCUGGUAACAGUGCACACUUGGCAGCAAGGAAAACGGCAGGAUGAUGAAGCCGAGGGCUUGUGGCGCAUACACGAUGGCAUCUAUGACUUUACGGAAUUCAUAGACAAGCAUCCUGGUGGUCCUUUUUGGAUACGGGAAACAAAGGGCACGGACAUAACCGAAGCGUUUGAGGCACAUCAUUUAACCAAAGCACCUCAAUCCAUGAUUGCGAAAUAUAAGGUGCGCGAUGCAGCCAAACCACGAAUCUACACACUGACCCUCGAAGAGGAUGGUUUCUAUAAGACUCUAAAGGAGCGCGUACGUCAAAAGCUAAAGACAAUUGACAACAGCCCUAAGCGCACAAGCGAUCUCAUUCACCUGAGCAUAUUUCUGUCCAUCUACAUAUUUGCCAUUGCGAGUGUCAAGCUCAACAGCCUAGUUGCCCUAGUCCUGGCGGGCGUGGCCAUCUGCUGGACAGUUAUAAUUUCUCACAACUAUUUCCAUCGCAAGGACAAUUGGCGCAUGUACACCUUCAACAUGGGUAUGAUGAACUUCUGUGCUUGGCGCAUUUCUCACGCCAUGUCGCAUCAUAUCUACCCCAACUCGUACUUCGAUCUGGAGCUGUCCAUGUUUGAGCCUCUUCUGUGCUGGAUCCCCAAUCCUCAUUUAAAGAGUAAAAUGCUGCGUUACGUUUCCUGGGUGACGGAACCCAUUGCCUAUUUCAUUGCUUUCUUCUUGCAAAUAGGCACGCGCAUUUUCUAUUCGCUGCGUCACACGAACAUCAUGUACUGGCAUGAUCUGUUGUCACUCUCCAUACCGCUAGCCAUGUAUCUGGUGGCGGGCAGAUCGGCCGGUCUACUGCUCUGUGUUCGCUAUUGGCUAAGCAUGACGUCGAUCGCUAGCUUUGCUUUUUGCCUUAUCGGAUUAAAUGCGGCCCAUCAUGACCCCGAAAUCUAUCAUGAAGGUGAUGCAAACCGUGAGGAUCGGGACUGGGGUCUAUUUCAAGUCGACACCAUUAUCGAUCGCGGCGAUUUGAAAUGGUCACAAUUUCUGGUUCUCACACACUUUGGCGAUCACAUUCUCCACCAUUUGUUUCCCACGCUGGAUCACGGCAUAUUGCCCCAACUCUAUCCCAUUCUAUAUGAGACUCUGGAUGAGUUUAAGGCCCAGAUGCGCGAGUGUAAUCAUAUCGAGCAUAUUAUAGGACAACACAAGCAGCUGCUACGUACUGAACCCAAUACUAGAGCUCCUGGAUCGGGCAAAUAGGCGUAUGUGGCGUAUACGUAUUAUUUGUAAGCUAAUUUUUCAAUUCGUCUAAAAAUAUAGGCGUACACCGAUGGAGAUUUUUUAAAAUUGAUUUACAUUUAUUUUGUUCCUUUUUUGUAUACUUUUUAGUUUUAGUGUUCAUUUAUCUUAGUUUUUUCGAUAAAAUAAAAAAUUUAACAUAAACAUAA